AGUACAUUUACAGCAGACCAGACAGCGCUAUUCUCUGUCACCACGCUGGUAGAAGAUGUCCACAAGCUGGCCUCAGAUGGGAUAUGUUGCUCAUUCUAGGAGAAUGACACCUAAUGGUGACAAUAAUAAGGAAAAAAGAGACCGUUGUCUUUGUUAUUCCCUGAAGAUGAUGAUCUGUUGCACAACACCACACAUCAUGACAUGGAAAUGGUCCAAAACUGAAAAUCAGUCCAAAACUCCUCUGGACAGCCAUUUCAUUUAACAGUUGUGUUGACAUAUACCACUUAUUUCAUAUUAGGUCUAUAUAUUGUGCGCAGCAAAUAUGGCAAAUAUAUAUCCAACCAAGACUGUAAACCACCAAAGUAAAACACCAAGUGAAGAAACCAAAAUGCAGGUGGAAAACCCAUUGCAAGGCCUGGUGUGGAAGCUCUUACUGGUGAACACUUUGUCAUGUGGGCUGGAGGUGUGCAUAGCUGCAGGAACUGUCUAUGUCCCACCACUGCUGCUGCAGGCCGGUAUGGAAGAACGCUAUAUGACUAUGGUGCUCGCAGUGGGUCCAGUUCUGGGCUUGAUCUUUAUACCAAUAAUUGGUUCAGCUAGUGAUUCACAUCAAGGUCGUUUUGGUCGACGGCGCCCAUUUAUUUGGAUGCUGAGCCUGGGAGUUUUGCUGGGCCUGCAAAUCUUGCCACAGGCAUGGCGCCUAGCUGUGCUAAUGUCCCCACAGCACCCUUACUGGCUACAAGCUGCCCUGCAGUCUGUGGCGGUGUGUCUGACAGACUUCUGUGGACAGGCCUGUUUCACCCUGUUGUUGGCCCUGCUGUCAGACCUGUUCCCCAGGGAGGAAGAGAACCGCAGAGCAUUCUCUGUUAAUUCCUUGAUGACCAGCCUGGGGGGAUGCCUGGGGUUCUUGCUCCCUGCUGUGGACUGGAGGCAAGUACCCAUAGCAACAUACCUGGGAGGCCAGGAGGCCUUCAUCUACGCCCUGCUCACCCUCCUCUUCCUCAGCUGCCUCCUCACUACCGCCUUCAUCCCAGAGGAGACAGUAGCCAGAAAAGGAGGGAGAAAGUCUGUUGUCCCCCGCUCUUUAAGAAGCUGGAGCAGCAGAUACUGCCCUCACUUGUUCCUACCCCAACGUCAGUGUCUCCAUGUUGCACUGGGCCAAUGUGCAUCAGCAUGUAUGUCAUUGUUACCUCGUAUGUAUGCAGUGUGUGUGCAUGUUCCAGCAGUCAUAUGGAGACUGUUUGUGGCGAAGAUGUGUACGUGGAUGGCACUGAUGAGUGUUAUGCUUUUCUUUACUGACUUUAUGGGAGAGGGAUUGUACCAGGGAGUGCCCAGUGCAGACCCAGAGUCACAGAAAAGGAAACACUAUGAUGAAGGUGUGCGUAUGGCCAGUCUGGGCCUCUUCCUGCAGUGUGUUGUGUCGAUGCUGUGCUCACUGUUAAUGGACCGCUGGGUUGCUCUGUUGGGAGCCAAGAUGGUGUACAUCAGCAGUGUAGCUCUGCUGGUUUUCACCACCACUGUCAUGAGUGUGUCAGACAGUGUGAUGAUUGUCAUUUUCAUGGUGGCUGUGACAGGUUACACACUGUGUGUCCUUCAGGUUGUGCCAUACACACUGAUGUGUCUCUAUCACUCAAACAAACAGGUUUAUUUCACCUCAUCCAAUCCAAGACCUUGUUCACUCAGUGACAGCGAUGACCCAACGCUUACCAAGCCCAUCCUUCCCUGUGAUCUGGCCAGUCCUUAUGUUAAUGGCCACACAGGGGGCGUGACUUUAUCUGAGGAGUUGCCCAACAUUUCACAGUUUGCAGGAGGAGAUGAAGCCAGCUGUACACCAGUCUCCCAGAGAGGGCUGUGUUUUGACAUUGCAAUACUGGACAGUGCCUACAUGCUCUCACAGGUGCUGCCGGCAAUUUGUUUAGGCUCAGUAGUGCAGCUGGUGAACAGUGUGAGGGCUUACAUGGCCUCCGCCUGCUGCUUCAGCCUGCUGGCAUUUCUCUGCUCCACCAGGGUCAUUUACAGCAUCACCGACCUUCAACACUGACCACUUCUACAGCAAGACCAUCAGCCAAGGACAUACAGUGACAUAUACCUGUGAUGUGCUGAUGCUGAAAUGGUUGCUGUGUGGAAGAAAUGCAUCCUAAGUGACAGAGACUCAACUUGAGAUCAGUCUCUCUGAGGGGUUACUCUAUCCCCUAAGGGUUUAAAGAAGUUCAGGGACCUAUGUGGGACUGUGACAUACAGUAUGUGAAGCAUGCUGUGUAUUGUCAUUGUAAGUUUAAGACACGUGCUGUGCUUUCAUCACAGUCAGAGUAAUUUAUUGCCAGUAUAUUCAUGUGUGGAGUUUGUUUUUUAUGUUUUUGUAUAUUUGACGGGGAGCGAUAUCCUGCUGUGUACUGUUGCUAAGAAACUGCACUGGAGUCUUGACACUCCUUGUGUGGUGCAUUAUGCUGCAGUCUUUUCAUCCAUAUGCUCUGUUUGGCUCAUGGGCGAUCAGUUAAAGCUAGUAAGCAGUUGCUAAAUGAAGCUAAUAAUUCAACUGAAAAAAAAAAAAAAAAAAGAUCAACCUAUAAAGUAAAGCUAUGUUUCCAGCCAAAUGUCUCAUUUGUCUACCACUGUUCUGGUUGUGUUCUUAUCCACAAUCUAGGUCAGUGACUAAGCUAUAAUUUAAAAAUAACAACUAUCGGAACUAACAUUCCACCUCUGGCACCGGAUUAUGUCAACAUCUUAGGGACAAUAGUAAGUUUUCAAAGUUUAUAUGUGUCAGAUGAAUAAUUAGGCACAUUCAGUAUAACCAAGGACAAUCAAAUAUUUAAGUCAUGCUGGUUUUUCUCAUAAGAAUUGCUUGGAAAUGUUGCAGUUUAAGACUAUCUGUGGAAUUUAUUGGUGCUAUCUUGUAUAAGCAACUGGUGUAUGUCUUUCCUGAAGCUUCCAGACCAUAAAUGUUAUACAAUGUGGUGUCAGUCAGUUCAGUGAUGUUAAGGCUGUCAUUUGUACAGAUUUAUUUGGGCUCAGACCAAGUAGCCUAACUGAAAUCACACUGUAGAACUGAUAUGCUGUACAGUUGCAGUUCCUUUGCUGCCUCACUUGAGUGACAAUAUGCAGUACGCAAACAUGGAAUGUGCUAUGAGUCACACAUUUGAUGGAGGUUUUAAUAAUACAUCUUCAGAAUCCA